AUGGACACGGCGCCUCUUCCUUGGACUACUCCUUCACCUUUGAUGAAGAUCCCGCAUGAUGAAACGGACAGUGCUGACUUUUUCAAGAUCGAUCUCUUCCACACAAUGCAUAAAGGGGUGUUGGCAGAUCUGGCAGCCAGCACAAUAGCCACUUGUAUAGCUUCAAUUGGUGGAAGCGUGGCGAAGCGCUUGGACGCUGUGUACAGUGAUCUGGUAGUCUGGUGCGGUGCGCGUGGCAAGCAGCUGCACAUGUCUAACCUGAGCACCAUCCUUGUUGGCUGGAAACGUUCAUCGGACUAUCCAACUGGGAAUUGGUUCAGAGGCGCUGACACCACGGUACUCACAAGUUUCUUGCAGUGGCGUUGUGAGCGGGCGCUGGCUGAUUACGAUGAUGAGCACGAAGACUACUUGCAAUGGAUCACUGAUGCUCUACAGGUCGGUGUCGCCUAG